UUUUGAAUUGCUGAGUGACCAUCCACGUUGUAAAUGAAUCGAUGUACACGAAUCGAUCAGUGUGACCCGUUGCUUGAGUCGAUCCUUUUCGUAGAAACAGAAGCGGCGGUCACGCUCCAAAGCAACCCUGUUCUAAAUACAGUUCAGUUCGAUUGAAAGAAUGACGCCGCAAAGCAAUAAGGCAAAAAAGACAAAUUCAAACAAUUCAAACAACAACGAUCAUUUUAGGCUGUACUAAUUUUGAUAAAAUAUAGAAACGAAAUAAGCGAAAAGUGUCAAUAAACAGUUGAAAAGAUGCCAGAACCAACAAAUAUUAAAGUGGUAGUGCGCGUGCGUCCCUAUAAUCGGCGGGAACAGGAACAAAAUCAAAGAUGCAUCAUCAAAGUGAUGGACAGUUCGUCACUGUUGUUCGAUCCCGACGAAGAGGACGAUGAAUUUUUUUUCCAAGGCGCAAAACAACAGUAUCGCGACAUCUCGAAGCGCACAAACAAAAAGCUAUCCAUGGAAUAUGAUCGAGUCUACGAUACAGAACGCACCAACGAGGAUAUAUUCGCAGAAUGUACAGCGCCGCUGGUCGACGCAGUGCUUGAUGGGUACAAUUGCUCGGUGUUUGUAUAUGGCGCAACAGGGGCGGGGAAGACAUUCACAAUGCUGGGCAGCGAGAAUUGUCCUGGUAUCACAUUCCUCACUAUGCGCGAUCUUUUCGAGAAGAUCCAACUGCAACAGGACACACGUAAAUUCGAUGUGGGCGUCAGCUAUCUGGAGGUGUACAACGAACAGGUGAUGAACCUGCUCACAAAAACAGGCCCCCUAAAGUUGCGCGAGGAUUCCAAUGGAGUUGUGGUCAGCGGUUUGGUGUUGACGCCCAUCUACAGUGCGGAAGAGCUGCUGCGCAUGCUCACGCUGGGCAACUCGAAUCGCACACAACAUCCCACGGAUGCGAAUGCAGAGAGUUCCCGUUCACAUGCCAUUUUCCAGGUGCACAUUCGCAUCACGGAUCGCACGACGGGCACCAAACGCAGCGUCAAGCUUUCGAUGAUUGAUCUGGCGGGCAGUGAACGUGCUGCCAGCACAAAGGGCAUGGGCAUGCGUUUCAAGGAGGGAGCCAGCAUCAACAAGAGUCUGUUGGCACUGGGGAAUUGUAUCAAUAAGCUAGCCGAUGGCUUGAAGCACAUACCGUAUCGUGACUCGAAUCUAACGCGUAUUCUAAAGGAUUCACUGGGCGGCAAUUGUCGCACUCUGAUGGUGGCUAAUGUAUCUAUGAGCUCCAUCACAUACGAAGACACCUACAACACAUUGAAGUACGCGAGUCGUGCAAAGAAGAUACGCACUGUGCUGCGCCAGAAUGUGCUCAAGUCUAAUUUGCCCAAGGAAUUCUAUGUGAAGAAGGUCAACGAAGUGAUGGUGGAGCAGGAACGUCUAAUGGAGCGCAACAAGCUGCUGGAGGCUAAGCUGGCACAACUGGAGCGAGCCAGCAAUGAGCUCAGCUUUGAUCCCGCUCAGCUAACACCUUGGUACAGCAAGAUUGAUGCUGUCUACAGCACGGUGACGAAGCUGCAGCAGUGCGUCAUUGGCCUACGCAGCAAGAUCCAGAGUUUGAGCUAUCGCCAGAAGCUGAAAAAGGACUUUGAGCAGCUACGCAAGGUACUGACGAUGGAUCAACGGCUGCUACAAGAGGAUUAUAAGUUGUUUACGAACUACUUAAGUGCCUUAAGCAGCAGGACACAAAAGUAUACCGAUCAGUUGCCCGAAUGGCGCAGCAAGCUGGAGGCUGCCUGCAUGGAUCUGAAGCGACUGAAGCAGGAGGUGAAGGAGUCCAAGCAUUAUCACAUCCUCAACCAAUACCUGAGCAACAAGGAUCUAGAGGUCCAGCUGUCUAAGCAGCAAAUGAACUGCGGUCAUUUGACGGCCAUCAACAACGAACUGGUCGAAAAUUCGGAUCUACUGCUGAAAUCCUUUACCAAUGGCAGCGAUGUACUCCAUCAGCUAUACGAUCGCCUGGAGGAGACACAGAAACUGACGCCGGACAUACAAACAGCGUACGCGCGACUCGAGCGUCGAAUGCGUUUCACCGAAGCCGAAACAGCGGCUUCACUGCAGGACACAGAGUUGGAUGAAUUGCUGGCCGAGCAGCUGCAGGAGAAUCAAGAGCCACCAGAGCCGUUAACGAGCAGUGCAAGGAAACGAGCGCGAGCUCGUCGAACACACACAGUCAGUGACAGUGAUUUUGUGCUGCAUUUGGGUGUCGAUAGCUGUGAGGACACAGAUUCGGAUGAGGAUAACAACGAUGAGACUGCGCACGUCUUUAAGAGGCCCUGCAAUCUGAAUGUGACGCAAGUGUUAACCCACAAUACGAAUCAACAGCACAAGGCGCUGACAGCAACUGUGACAAAGCCACGACCCGUCGUUAAUAGACGCAUCGUAUCGGAUAUGAUAUCGGAUCAGAGUGUUUGCGGUUCCACGGAAAAGGAGAAGAUUAAGCAGGCAUUGUUCAAGUCGAGCAAGUUCAGCACUCAAGAACUGAAGCGAACCUGCGCAGCAGCGAUACAAAAGGAGAAUCUCAAAACCUUCUCCAAUGGCUGUGUGAGGAAAAGUCCGCGUGCUUUAAUAGCAAAAACUCUCGCCGGCGGCACGGCGAUGAUGCGAAAACCCAUUUCCCGACUGGUGGGAACAAUAAAUACGGGCGGCAAGGACGCGCCGGUGGUAAAGAUAAAUCGAGCCGCCUCUUUUCGUAUUAAAAAAUAAUUUUACGUCUUCAC